CUUCUAUCUGGUCCACGUUAUUACGAUCCAACCACCAUCCCGCUGCCAUCAACUCGUCUUCUCCAUCUCUGUGCCUUUGAACAAGAAGCUUAACUAGCUUGUCAAUCCCUCUGAACAAUCGUCGCGAUGGCUACUGAUCUUUGUCCUGUUUAUGCCCCUUUCUUCGGCGCGAUGGGCUGCACAUCAGCCAUUGUCUUCACUUGCUUUGGCGCCGCCUACGGUACCGCUAAGUCAGGUGUCGGUAUCGCGGCCAUGGGUGUUCUCCGCCCUGAUCUGAUCGUCAAGAAUAUCAUUCCUGUCAUUAUGGCAGGUAUCAUUGGUAUCUACGGUCUUGUCGUAUCUGUCUUGAUUUCCAACGACCUCAAGCAACAGACACCGCUGUUCACAGGUUUCAUUCAACUGGGAGCAGGUCUGGCUGUUGGUCUGGCAGGUCUGGCUGCUGGUUUCGCUAUUGGUAUUGUUGGCGACGCCGGUGUGCGUGGCUCUGCUCAGCAACCAAGACUCUUUGUUGGCAUGAUCCUGAUUCUCAUUUUCGCUGAAGUCCUGGGUUUGUACGGCCUUAUCGUCGCGCUGUUGAUGAACUCGCGAACUGGCCAGGAUGUGACCUGCUAAGCGCAGAGAGCAUAUAAACGCAGCCCCCUGACAAUAGUUUCUGCGUUAACGGAUUCGGGCGACGAACUCCACACUCUCUUAGAUUGUUAGGACAGUGAGUCAAAUGGCACGAAUAUGGACAGGAUAGGGAUGCUGGUCGAGAUCACGUCCAAAUAUGGACAACAAUUGCAUUCUUGCAAGCGGCGAAUGACAAAGUAGAUAUUGGGAUCUGUUGGCAUUAGGAUCUUCUCGGCGUUUUAAUGUGUAACAAAUAGCACGUUGGAUUCGAAUUGUGCACAUGUUCAUCUACAUUUUUCGCAGAUUGCCAUUUGUUUUAUUUCGUCGACUUUGCACUUGGAUUCCAGAAUUGCUAAACUUCUCGUCUAGUGAAUACAAUGGCAUACAAGUAUCGACGGCCCACUGCUCCUGAGCAGUCUCAC